AUGUUUACUGUCAUCAACUCAAAGUUGGGACUGAGAAGAGGAGGUAUGCAAACUGUUACUUCAGCUUCUAUGUCAGAAAUAAGGAGAGUAUAUAUAUCAUAAGUAUUAUUAAGUAAAGAUAAACAGAGUUUAGAAAGAAAAUCAAAGAAACUAGAACUAAUGAUUUUAGAAAGAGACCUUUAGGUUAAUUUGAAUUGUAUACACUUAAUGACAAAUUGGAGAACUCGUCUGAUGAAGAUGAAUUUUAAAAAUAAAAGAAAUAAAUUGAAUAAUUAGAACUGCCUUUCGAAUCCUUAUCCAGUACUCUCAGAACUACAAAACCAGUGUUUAUUGAAAAAAAGAACUAUAAGUAAUUCAGUAAUUUAAUAUAAGGUAGGCGAUUGUUUAAAAAGUGAAAUCGAAAAUACAAAGUUUUCUAAAAACUAAAGAUAAUAAUAAAAGUGCAAUUCAAAAUCAAAAUGAUAAUUGGGUAUUUCAUGCAGAUGGCUAUGGUAAAUUAAUGUGGGAUGCCUUCUGUAUGUUAUUAAUAUUUUAUGAAAUCUUAAGCAUUCCCUUUAAAUUAAGUUUCGAUGUUGAAAUUAAUGCUACAUUAGAUUAAAUAAUUGAUAUCAUGUUCAUGUCUGAUAUAGUUAUUACUUUCAAUACUAGCAUAUAUAGAAAAGGAAUACCUAUCUAUGGUAGAAAAUAAAUAGUACUUAAUUACAUAAAACUAUGGUUUUGGAUUGAUUUAGCAGCCUCAUUUCCUUAUGAUGCCAUAAUCACUGCUUCUACUGGAGUCAGUGAAUAAGAGAGUUCAUAAACUACAACUACUUCUUCUCAAGAUGCUACAAAAUAUACUUAAACAUUGUCCUUACUUAGACUUGUUAGAUUUAUGAGAUUUAUCAAAAUUAUACGUUUGUUGAGAUUGGCAAAAUUAAAGGUUUUCUUUGAUAAAAUAGAGGAUGCUAUAUAAUUAAACAUAAUGUUGUCUACUAUUGUUAGCUUUAUUAAAUUGAGUGGAUUUGUAUUAUUUUGGUCUCAUUGGUUAGGAUGCAUCUUCCAUUAUAUUGCAGUUAAUGAAGACUCUUAAGAUAAUUGGCUUCAUUAUUAUGGAAUUUAUGAUGAAGAUUGGUCAGUUAAAUAUAUAAACUCUCUCUAUUGGGCAGUUACAACUAUGAAUACAGUUGGAUAUGGAGAUAUAUCUCCAAGAACUCCUUUAGAAAGACUAUUUGGAAUAUUCUUUUUAAUGAUUGCUACUGUUGUCUUUUCUGUUACUUUAAAUAGUAUAGGAUCAUCAUUAUAAGGAAUGGAAGAUAAAAAAGCUGAGAUUCGUAAAAAAUCAAAUCAAAUAUUAAAAUAUAUGAAAAAACUAUAAAUACCAGUUGCAUUAUAAAAUAAAGUGAAGAAAUAUCUAACUUAUAUAUGGGAAUAAGAAGCAAUUUUUAAUCUUGAACAUAUAACUGAUAAUCUAUCUUAUGCUCUCAAAUUUGAAUUUGAAAUACAAGUUAAUGGUACAAUUUUAGGAUAUUGUCCUCCAUUAAGACGUAACUUUUAAAAGACAUUCUUAAAAUAAGUUACAAAGACUUUCAAAUAAUAUACUGCUUUACCUGAAGAAUUUAUUUUCUUUGAGAAUGAAUCUAUAGCUACAGAAAAACAUCUAUAUUUCAUUUAAAGUGGAAAUAUUGAAAUAAUUUUAUAAAGAAAUAAUUAGAAACUCAAUAAACUAGAAUAAAAAGAUUAUUUUGGUGAGAUUGGAUUUUUUACUGGAUUAUCUAGAACUGCAUCUGCAAGAAGUGUUAAUUAUUCAUCUUUAGUAUAUAUUGAUAAAUCAUUGUUUACAUAAUUAUUGAAAUCAAAUCAAGUUGAUUUAGUAUAAAUAUUAUAUUUAAUAUUAUAGGAAAGAUUCAAUUACAUUAAAGAUGAAAUUAUAUUUAAUAAAGGUUAUCAUCAUAUAAAUGUCUUUUGUUAUGGUUGUCUUAGAGAUGAUCAUACAGUAAUUGAUUGUCCAGAUAUGCAUUUUGUAGUGGAAUAACAAUAAUAUUGUUAAUUUAAAUCUAAUUUUUAAAAGAAAAUGUAAAGUCUUUAUGAAAGAAAUGAUAGAGUUCACAUUCAUGCACUUAGACAUAAAAAUAUUGUUAAAUUUGUAAUCAUCUAUAUUUUCAAUAUACAAGACUGUCAAUCAGAUUUCUACCCUUGCUUAAAAGCUUAUGGCUUAGUAUGAUGAGUGUAAUUUAAUAGAUGAAAUGGACAAUGGAUAAAUAGUAGAAGAGAAAUUUGAAAUCUAAUAGAAAUUAGCUAAACCACCAAGAUUUGGACCUUUUAGGUCUAGAUUUAGAGAGGAUAAGGCUAAAUAUAGAAAGAUGAAAUCUUAUAUUUAAGAUUAAGAAAUAAAGAUCAAAUCAUUAAAAGCUUAAUAAAAUAUUAGUCAAUUACUUUUGAAAUGUAUUUUUUCUUAUUCAUUUUUAAGAACUUAGUAUUAUUAUGCAAUAAAAGACUGUUAAUUAAGAGGAAUAGAUAAUUAAAACGGAAUUUCCUUAAACUAAAUCAAUGGCUACAUCUAUGAAAGUAAUUUCAAAAUUUAAAGAAGAAGAUGAAGAUGAUAGUAACGAUAAAUAAUAAUCUUCUGAAUAUUAAACUGUUUCUUCAUCAGAUUUUGAUGAUGAAGGAAGUGAAGAAUAGGCAGACAAAUUAACGUAGAAAGAAAUUAAGACUUAAAAUUAAAUAUUAGAACUUUUAGAGACUUAUAAUUAAUAAUAGAAAGAAAGAGAAUAAAGAGAACAAUAAAAUAAGGUUUAUUCUAUUUAAUUUUAUUUUAGUUAGAAUCUUAAUUUAUAUUAAUAAAUAAUUUUGAAGUUGGAGCUGAUUUUCAUAGUUAUUAUCCUAAAUAUAAUAAAGAAUAAAUGAUUUAUGAAUAUAAUAAAAUAAGGGAUAAUCAAAGAUUUAGACCAAAUUUAGUAUAAUUUUAUGAGUAAUUUAUAAUUUUUUAUUAGAAAUGAUUUUUAUCAUGAAUUAGGAAUAACAUAUAUAUUUGAUAAUGGAAGUGAAGCUCUUAUACAUAAGCAAUUCAAAUCAAUGUUAUAAUAGGAUAGACCUAGUGGUAAAAAAUUAACUCGAAUUGUCAAGUAAUCUAUGGGAUUAAUUAAAAUGCCUGAACAAUUAAGUUAAUUUUAAUCAAAUAAUUUAAUUAAAUUCAGUGAUAAAGAAAUUUAAUGA